ACUUGACGGAGGCGGCGGAGGGAGACGCGGUGGCGGCGGUGGAGCUCGUUCACCUUCUGAAACAAACAGGAAGCAGAAGGGCGCUGCUGCUGCUGCCGCCGCCGCCGCCGCUGCUGCUGCUGUUGUUUCUGCUGCUGUUUCUGCUGCUGCUGCUCUGUCACUCUGACCAUUAUCCGUUCAACUAACUACUGCUUCGUGAAGACACUCACUAUUUAGCAGGAACUUUCACUGGCUUGUUGGUUUGCCCGGGACUUUCUUCCGCGACCUCGCACCUCGGAGUGACUGAAGAUGCAGUUUCCCAGAUGCUGUCCACACGUCCCCAGUGAGGAGCAGAGACACAGGAAAUAAGAGAAUCUUGGAAAGAGCAGGUCCUUAUGGUUGAGGUGGUGGGUGGAGCCCCUUGCCAUGCCUCCUGCCAUGACAGACCUCCUGGACAUAUGGGCGGCCCACUCUCCUCUGGCCGGACAUGCUCCAGACCAGAUCACUGUGGACUUUCUCCUGCCCACUGGAAUCUACAUCCAGAUGGAUGUUCCACGUGAGGCAACCAUUCAGCACAUCAAGCUGCUCUUAUGGAAGCAGGCACAGACGUUGCCACUGUUCGCAGCCCUGGGCGAGAUGGAGAGCCACAUGUUCCAGUGUGUCAACCAGGCUGCGGUGCACGAAGAGCUGGAGGACGAAACCCGCCGGCUGUGCGACGUUCGGCCCUUCCUGCCGGUCCUCAAGCUGGUGAUACGCAACUGUGGCCGAGCGGAGCGUCUGCUGGAUUCCAAAAUAGGAGUUCUCAUCAGCAAAGGCCUCCAUGAGCUGGACGCCAUCAAUGACCAGGAGGUGAAGGACUUCCGCAGUAAGAUGUUUCGUCUGAGUGAAGAGCGGAUGCAGCGAGUCUACGCGAUGACGUGCAAUGAGUGGCUGCAGGCGUGCUUCUCCCCGCUGCUGGAGCCAGUCCCUGCAACGCCAGUCACUGAUGGAGCGAGUGAGCGGUCAGCUGACCUGAAAGUCAUCAUCCACUUUGAGCAGUCUCAGGACUUUGCCGUUCUGAAGGUGCCGUCAUCCUGCCCCACCAUGGAGCUGAUGGAGCUGGCUGUGAAGAAGUGGCUGACCACCCACGGCCCUGAGGAGGAGGCGUGGACCACUCAGUACAUACUGAGGCUCAGCCAGAGUCUGGAGUUCCUCUGUGGAAACCACCCACUCAUUCAAUACAAGUAUAUCCGCACGUGCUUGCAUUCCAAGGAGUGUCCCCGCCUCACCCUGAUCCACCUGAGCACUGUCAAAGCCAUGUUUGAAAAGGAGAUCUCCACCAUCGGAGCUGUGGUCAGCCGCAAGUCCUCCAACCCCCCGUUACCACUACCUCCCAAGAGAAGGGUUCCCACGCAAGUGCAGACAUGUGUGUGGGACGUGUCCACCCCGUUCAAGAUAGUCCUGGUGAAUGCCAGUAAGGUGAACGCAGAGGAAACUGCCAAGGUCCAGGUGAGGGCGGGGCUCUUCCACGGCACAGAGCUCUUGUGUAAGCCGGCAGUGAGCAGUGAGAGCGGCGGGCGCUCGGACCACACGUGGAAGGAGAGCACGCUGGAAUUUGACCUCUCGGUGUGUGACCUUCCUCGCAUGACCCGCCUCUGCUUCGCCAUCUAUGCCGUGAUGGACAAAGUCAAGAAGCAGAAGUCCACCAAAAACCCACACAUCAACAAAUACCAGACCAUCCGCAAAGCAGGGAAAGUGCACUAUCCUAUAGCCUGGGUCAAUACCAUGGUGUUUGACUACAAAGGCCAACUGAAGACUGGAGAUAUCAACCUGUACUGCUGGUCUUCCUUUCCUGAUGAACUUGAAGAGAUGCUGAACCCCAUAGGAACUGUUCAGACCAACCCGUACACUGAGAACGCCACAGCGCUGCACAUCUACUUCCCAGAGUACUCGUCACACCCCGUCAUCUUCCCUCUCUUCGACAAGAUACUGGAGAAAGCUGCAGAGAUCGCUGGAGCCAGCGACUGUGCACCUAUGGGUCGCGGGGGAAAGAAGUUCCACAUCGAGCUGAAGGAGAUCAUGGAGCGUGAUCCGCUCUCGCAGCUGUGUGAGAAUGAGAAGGAUCUGAUCUGGACACUACGCGGCGACUGCUGGGAGAAUUUCCCUCAGUCUCUGCCCAAGCUGCUGCUGUCUGUGAAGUGGAGCAAACAUGAGGACAUGGCCCAGCUCCAGGCACUUCUUCAGAUUUGGCCCAAACUGAGUCCCAGAGACGCUCUGGAGCUUCUGGACUUUAACUACCCUGACCAGUAUGUCAGAGAGUAUGCAGUGGGCUGUCUGCGUGACAUGAGUGAUGAGGAGCUGUCACAGUACCUGCUACAGUUGGUGCAGGUGUUGCGUUAUGAGCCGUACUAUGACUGCGCCCUCACCCACUUCCUGUUGGAUCGUGCCCAGUGCAACCGCAAGAUAGGACACUUCCUCUUCUGGCACCUCCGGUCAGAGAUCCACAUGCCAGCUGUUUCGGUCCAGUUUGCCCUCAUCCUGGAAGCCUACUGCAGAGGCAGCAUCCCUCAUAUUGAGGUUUUAAAGAAACAGGUGGAAGCACUGAGCAAGCUGAAGUCAGUCAAUGAGCUCAUUAAGCUGGGAACCACCAAAACGGCCCGAAGUAAGACCAAGGAGGCCAUGUUGACCAAGGAGGCCAUGAUGACCUGUCUGAGGCAGAGCGGUUACUCAGAGACGCUGUCUGACCUGUACUCCCCUCUCAACCCCAGUGUCCUGCUGUCCGGUAUCAAUGUGGAGAGGUGUCGCUACAUGGACUCUAAGAUGAAGCCAUUGUGGAUUGUUUACAACAACAAGCUGCUGCUGGGAGACACCCUGGGAAUCAUCUUUAAGAAUGGAGAUGACCUGAGGCAAGACAUGCUGACGCUGCAGAUACUGAGGCUGAUGGAUCUGCUGUGGAAGGAGGCCAGUCUGGACCUCAGGAUCGUACCAUACGGCUGUCUGGCGACGGGGGACCGCGCCGGGCUGAUCGAGGUGGUUUCAUCCGCAGACACGAUUGCCAACAUCCAGCUGACGAGCAGCAACGUGGCAGCAGCCGCCGCCUUCAACAAAGAUGCUCUGCUCAACUGGCUGAAGGAGAGGAACUCUGGCGACGCUCUGGACCGUGCCAUCGAGGAGUUCACACUGUCGUGUGCAGGCUACUGUGUAGCUACAUACGUCCUGGGCAUCGGAGACCGCCACAGUGACAACAUCAUGGUCCGCAGCAAUGGACAGCUCUUUCACAUAGACUUUGGUCACAUCCUGGGAAACUUCAAAUCCAAGUUUGGCAUCAAGAGGGAGCGCGUGCCCUUCAUCCUCACACACGAUUUCAUCCAUGUCAUCCAGCAGGGGAAGACGGGGAACACGGAGAAGUUUGGCAGUUUCCGUCAGUACUGUGAGGAGGCCUAUCUGAUCUUGAGGAAGAACGGGAACCUCUUCAUCACAUUGUUUGCCCUCAUGUUGACAGCUGGACUGCCAGAGCUCACCUCAGUCAAAGACAUCCAGUACUUAAAGGAUUCUCUGGCUUUGGGUAAAACCGACGAUGAGGCGCUGAAGCAGUUUCGUCAGAAGUUUGAUGAGGCCCUGAGAGAGAGCUGGACCACCAAAGUGAACUGGAUGGCUCACAACGUGGCCAAAGACAACCGGUCCUAGAGCAGAUGUCCCCACCACCAGGCCGAGAGGACACGUGUCUCGUGUGUGUGUGUGUGUGUGUGUGUGUGUCCACACACACACACACACACACACACACACAUACCGCCUUUAUUUAAAAAAAAAAAAAAAAGGGAAUUUAUCAGCAGAUCCCAAACAUGAGCAGACCCCGGACCCGCCCCGCCCCCCUGCCCGAACAUUUGUGGUCUGAUGACAUUUCAGUAACGUCACUGCAGAUUUUGCACAGGCAGCAAUAGUGGGCGGAGCCACAGGAAGGGAAGAGUAGCAGCCACACUGGAGACGAAGACGACGUCAUCGUCACUCUGAGUGGACUUAAACACUCUGCGUGGACACAUGGCUUGGCCACGCCCACGAGAGAUGGAUGUGGGAAUGCAAAAGGAGCCCCACGUCUUUAAACUCCUCCCACAGGAAGUGCAUGUUAACAGUCUCGCUGUCUCCAAACUGUGCCUCAAAACUGCAGAAAGAUUGUAUUUUUUUAUGAGUUUUCUUGUUUCUUUCUUUUUGCCAUUUAUGAAUUGACCAUGAGACUUGUAUGUGCCAGACUACUUCACUAGCCCACAAAACACAAAUAAAACAUUUCAAUUAAAGACGCCCUGGACGCUUGGACAUCAGGUCAUAUGGACUAUUAUCAUUAUUAUUAAUAAUAACACUGGAAUGUUUUUCAAAAGACAUUAAAGAGGAAGUCUGGGGUUUGUGUGAGGUACUGACCGUAGCACUGGUUAAGGGCCGGGGUCACACUUUCUGAGCCAGUGUAGCCACAGAGGUCAGACUCUUCCUCUGAUGAAAUACACCGUCACCGUGGAAACUGGCUUCAGGUUAUAUGAGGAAGUGUACUGACUCCCACACUUGAACAACGCCACGCUCACAGAACACAAACACCUGCCAGGGCUGACUACAGCGACAACAUGCUGCGAUUUAAGUGGAAUACGAGAAUCAUCUCGGUCUAAACUGAAGCACAGACACCAGCUUACGUCCACUGUAUUUCUGCUUUAUCUCACUGUUCCACGGCCUUUUCUGCCUGGUAACUCAACUUACUCCCCUACACCAAAGUCCUUAGAGAACGUCUGUGAUUUAACAUCACAACACAGUAGCGUAUACACAGCAGUAUAUCAACAGCUUUAUGUUCAAAUGUGUUAUUUUGUGACUUUUAUUGACACAAACGCAGCAGCUGCUGUGUCGCUGUGACUUUCUCUCUGGACUUUGGUGCAGGAGCGUGAGUGAUUCACAGACUGAAUGAUCACUGUAAUUUCCAACAUUAAAACGUUAGUAUUAGAUGAAACGACGAUGUGUUUUUUAAUGUAUUUAUAUGAGAGAAUGUGAGUUAUCACGAGCCCACUUUUCUUAAAGUCUAAACACUUGUCGACGUUUAUCAUUUCUGUUCAUACUUGUUUUCCAUGAUCUGAAUCUAAACUCAACGCAUUUAUGUGCCGCACUCUCUUUUUAUCAUUAAGUGUAUUUGUUUUUCUACAAGCAGGUGUGGGAGGCGGGGUCUGUGGGCGGGGCUUCUCAGUAGGGAGAUGACACUGCAAUGUAAAAGCUAAUUCCCCAACGUACGGCGUUCCAUUUUCAGUGCAAUAUGCGAGUGUAUGAUCCGUAUCACAGGCCAAAAAGCCAAAAAGAUGGUUUUAGUCUGUUGUUGGUUUAUUUGUGACGCGUCACCAUCUUCUAAAUGUCUCACACACUGGAUAUUGUCAAAUGUACAGCUUUUGUUUCUGUGCAUUUCUGGCCUUUCUUUGUUUUAUUAAAGUUCAUUUCCACUCGG